UAAUUGAAGUUAUUUUUGAUUACCUAUAAAAUAUACGAAUCAUCAAACAAAACCAGCAGCUGACAGUCGUAAAUAGCAUGGCGCUAGAGAAGACCUUUUUGAGUUAGAAAGCAUACUGCAAAGAGGGGCCAGCUUGAAAGGGAUCUCGCAGGUAGCCGAGAGCUGGUUUCAUUAACCACGAACAUUCAGCUACCGGUUUUACUGAGGGAUAGAAUGAAUGAAUCAAUCACCUGAUCGAAAGAAGAAUAAAAACAAAAAAUGACAGCACCGCUUGCUACCGGCAAUGUCAUUUCGUGUCAAGUGUGUCAUCUGUGAAGCCGUGCUGGAUUAUCACCGUGAAGAUACGAGCAAUUUAAUUCAGCAUCUGCGUGACUAUCAUCGAAACAAUGGUUUCAAGCGCGAGGCAAAGCAGGAGCCUGUCGAAGAGGAUUCGGCGGAAAUAAAACAAGAAAGUGCGGAAAUUCUUCUUGAAAUGGAAUCCCUUCCGGUUAUGAUGGAGCUGGGCACUGCUGACGAUCACCCGAAUCAUCAUAGUUGCACAGUUAGAGACGUUAUCGAGAAGGCUGUUGGCUCGCAGGAAGUUUCGGUCGUUGACAAAGCAGUUGGCUCAUCAUCCUCUUUAUCAAGUUCUGAUGAACGUGAACCUUUGCUAUCAUCCAGCAGGGAAAAUCUUGGAAAGAAAGUAAUUACCAUACCUCCCGGAAACGGUCGGAGGAAAAAGAUUCUGUAUAAACGAGUCUAUCGACCUAGGAAUGCGCUUCGAACGCAUUGGAAAGCGCUUUAUCGCACCACGCUGAAUAACUGGCGCCCUGGAGGACUAAAAAUAACCUGUCCGGUUUGUGGGAAAAAUCGUUACCCGGUGAUACAGUCACAUCAUGAGCAUAACAGCAAAUCAUCGUGGUUGGUUUCUAUUCUUGCUUGCUGCUGGCCAUUUUGCUGUUUGCCGUGCUGCUUUCCGAAGCCGAAACGAGAAUUUCUUCACUGUUCGGUGUGCGAUGCUUAUUUGGCUAUGUACGAUUACGACAGGGAUUGCAUUCAGCCAAAUUUUGAACUUUUCGAAGGGGGAUAA